AUGCCGCCAUCGACGGAGGUCAGCAGCCAUGACAUCACGAUCAGUGAGUGCCCGCACGACCCGCUCCCGUGCCAUGGCAGCAUAGACAGCAGCAGUGACUUCUCCUUCUUGCAAUCUCCCGACCACGCCGCCAACCCGCACGCGACGUCGUGGUCCACGCGCUGUUGCCGCGCGUACAGUCCGCUGCGCAUGCUGGUGAUGUGCCUGAUCGUCGCCGUGUCGUUUGCCGCCGUGAUCUUCCUUGGGUUUGUCAUGCAGCAAGAGGUGACAAAAGACUCUGCGUCGCUCAACGCGUCCGACUUUCCUGAAGUGACCGCGUUCGACAUCUUUGUGUUUAGUUUGCCCAACUCGUGCCGCGUCCUGAGCAUCCUCGGCGUGCUCACAGUCAUGUUGUGCUACGUGUUGAAGCCAACGUUCCGGUUCAACUCGAUGCCGCUCAUCAUGCCGCUGCUACUGUCGCAGCUGGGUUUCUUGGCGAGUCGGUUCUACGUGGCCAUCGCCCCACUUCUCACAUUGCCAGACAGGAACAGUCAAUGGAAUAGCACCAACCACCAAGCGUUCAUGUGCCGGACCACCGACUACUGCGGUCUUCCCAGCAGCAUCCUCAGCACGACCUUCAACUUGAGCCAAAUUGCGUUUACGAUUGCCAUCACGUUGCGACUGCUGCAGUCGGUGGGGUCGCCCGUCGAAGCACUUUGCGACACGAGGCACAUGGACAGGAAGCUCAAUCGGUGGAUCGCGCUCGUCUUGAGCUUGUCCGUUGCGGUGGCGGUGGCCAUCUCAUUCGCCACACACCCGGACGACGCCACCACCGCCAAACAGCAGAAGAAGCAGCCCAACCUGUGUCGGUACAACAACCACGUGUGCAUGAGCCCAGAGACGCAAAUGCUCAACAACAUGAUUGCGCCGGCCAUCGGGCUAGCCACUGUCACCGCGCUGUACUUUCGCAUUCGCGCUAAGAUUCACGACUUGUACCCGGCGAACGCCCGCCGCACGUUCAAGUCGGUCGCGACGUACCACGUCAUGGUAUUUGUCGUCACGUGGGGCAUCUCGUUGUUUUUGUUUUCGCUGCUGACGGUUCUGAGGCAACUGCCGGACCCAAAUCCAAAGCGGACCACGGCGCCGUGGCCGCUUCACUCGAAAGUCAACUUGGAAGCUGUGCGUACCAAGAUGCAGUUCAUGCUGCUCACGUUUGUCCCAUACGACCUCCAGGGGUUUCUCACCAGCGUCGUGGCCAUCUGCAGCUACUUUCGCCUUCGAACGCGGUUCGACCUGGGCCUGAGUCUCAAAGCCAUCAACCCGUCGUCGAUCGAGUUUGACGAACCCCUCGCUAUCCUCGGCCAAGGCGCGUUCGCUGUCGUGGUCAAGGCUACGUGGUUCCCGUCGCGGCAGCUCGAGUACGGCACUGUGCUCGGCUGCUUGUUCCCUAUGACUGCCGCCAAGAGCUCGACCAGCACUGACAACCACCCUCGACGACGACCCAUGUCUCCCCAUGACAACACGAGUGUGCGCGUCGCAGUCAAAACGUUCAAGCUCGAACGCAACGGCGCCAACUCGACGCUGAAUGGGAUCCAGGAAGAAGCGUACUUGGCGUCCAAGCUCAUCCACCCCAACAUCAUGGCCACGUACGGGUGCUACACGGUAGGCUCGACGCUCUACCUUGUGUGCGAAUACCUCGGCGGCGGCACCCUCCAAGACGUGAUCGACACGGCACAGCCAUUGCCGUACGAACAAGUGCUGCUGUACGCGCUGCAAAUUGCCUCUGGCAUGGAGUUUCUCCACGGGUUGGCGGUGCCCGUGAUCCAUCGCGAUCUGAAGCCCCUCAACUGCUGCUUUGACCAAACUCACUCGACGCUCAAGCUCGUGGACUUUGGGUUCUCGAGGCUGUUCCGGGCCGACCCGAAACAAGCCGCCAGCAACACGACGCCGCGCCCGACGACGUGCACUGACAGGGAAAUGGAAUCGCGCCGCACCAACCUACCGCUGUUUAGCAGCGCCACGUCCCGGUUUUCACGCGUUCCAGAGCAACUCGGGGACUCGGGGCACACGUGCCCGUCGUUGCUGCUCACGUCGCGCGUGGGGACGGUGUGUUGGGCGGCGCCCGAAGUGCUCUCAGAGGACGAACAGACGCGGUACAGCCUCAAGGUGGACGUGUACAGCUUCGGCAUCAUAUGUUGGCAGCUGUACACUGGCAAGCAGCCCUUCAGCGACAUCCCUGGCAGCGUCUUGGCCGUGGAGGAGGCGGUGCUGCAAGGCACGCGGCCCCGAAUCCCCGACGACUGCCCCGUGCACUUUGCCAAGCUCAUGCGGCGCGCGUGGCAUGCCAAUCCGGACCGCCGCCCGUCGUUCGUGGACGUCGUGCGCGUGCUCGCGGCCGAGCUCAACCAGUUCCACAUGUUUGGCACUGUGCGCAGCGAACCCAAGAGUCCAUGCGACUGGGACUAACUAGGCUUCUAUUUAACGAGCUACUACUAUUUAUGUGUCUG